AUGACUCAAAACGGCUCCGUCUUAUCAGAAGCUUGGGGAGUGCCUGUCUACCGAUUCCUUGAGAAUACAAGUCUCUUUGGAAGUGUGAAGCGAAACGCUGUUGAAAUCAUCAGUCCUCCAUUUUAUCUGCUAGAUUAUUUUUUUCUUUUUCAGAUUAAGGGCCCAUAUUGGCCAGUGCCAUUAGGGAGAAGAGAUGGAAGAGUAUCAAUAGCAUCUGAGAGUUUUACACUACCUGCUCCUUUUGCCAACAUUACUCAACUCAAAGCGCAAUUUCUCUCCAAGGGUCUCAGCGUUAAUGACCUGGCUGUUCUUUCAGGAGGACACACCGUCGGGAUUUCACACUGCUCUACCAUUGCGACCAGGUUGUACAAUUUUACAGGCAAAGGCGACACUGACCCAUCCCUAGACCCGAGGUAUGUACCUCAAUUGAAAAGAAUAUGCUUUCCAACCGACAAAACCACACUCCUUGCAAUGGAUCCAGGGAGUUCAAAAUCAUUCGAUGAGGAUUACUACAAUGUUGUCUUGAAAAGGAGAGGUUUGUUUCAGUCCAAUGCCGCACUUCUAAAUGAUAAAACAACAUAUGCUUAUGUUAAGCUUCAAGCUAAGUCUCAUGGAUACAUAUUCUUUAAAGAUUUUCAAGCAUCCAUGGUGAAAAUGGGACAAAUUGGUGUUUUAACCGGCAAGGCCGGUGAAAUCAGAAGACAUUGCGCUCUAAUAAACUAAAUGAGUUGAAUUAAUUAUGUUUUUCCCUCAAAACUAACUAAAUUGAAGAGUGAUUUGAUUUUAAUAAGAGAUAUCAAGGUAAGUCG